UUACUGUUUUUUUCAUAUAAAUAGGACGAACAAGCCUUGAUUUCGCCAGUCUGUAACUUUGUAUUGAAAGCUGAUGUGCAUUUAAUUUAUCAAAAUGAUGCUGUUCGUAUUUAAACUGUCAAAUCUGUUAGCAUUGCUUUACUUUACCAAGGCACAACGCAAUGACGCUGUUCUCAAUCUGUACAGAAGGAGUUACAACGGCGAUGGCACUUAUUACGGUCAGAAUUCUGGAGGAGGAGCUUGUCAGUAUGCAGGACCACUUCCCCGAGCAGCAACGGAUCCUAAAAUAUGGGCCCUAGUGGCCAUCAACAGACCACAGUUCUUAGAUUCUUUAACUUGUGGAAUAUGCUUGAAGGUGAAAGGGGAAGGUCGUGGUCUAGGCGGUAACCCAAUCCGAGGGGAACACAUUGUUUUUGUCAACAACUACUGUCCUGAAUGCCGGGAAGGUUCUGUGGACUUCGCUCUCAAUGGCGAUGGACGUUGGUCCAUUUCAAUGCAAGCUGUCCAGUGUCCAGUCGGUGGCAGCACAAUUCAAUAUGCCUUCCAAGGAAGUAACCCAUGGUACAUAAAAUUACAAAUCAGAAAUGCUAGAAUACCAAUAACUAAAGCCCUAGUACGAAGGAACAAUAACUGGGUGACAAUGCAACGAAGUCAAGACGGCUUCUGGAUUCUGAGUGAUGGCCAGCCUAUGCCGGAUGGGCCAAUUGGAGUUCGUCUUACAGCAGCUAAUGGCUAUGUCAUGGAGGACUCAAUACCGAGAAUUGAUAAUUCCAACGUUUUAGAAGGACAACGACGAGUCCAGGUUCCAUAUGAUCCAUCCUUACCUUCAGCAUGAGAACAAAGUUUCUGGCUAAAUGGAGUCUUAGUAUAAAAAUAAAAAAAAAAUUAGAAAUAAAAAAAGAAUUUAUAUUAAUGAAA